CGACAGUCAGUGAGGACAAGUCUCAGAAUAUCUUCGUAUAAGGCAAGGCACCAAGCACUCUCUCUUUGUACGAACACCACUUUAGUCUCCCACGUACACUUCGAAACUUCUCUCGUUCUGUCGUCCGACUGUAGUGGGUGUUUGGGAGCAUCCUUCUCUACUACAGCGUACUCACUUAGCAGCAGCAGUAGCAGCAAUAGCAACACCGGUUAUAGGACAGUCCACCCAAUUUGUCAAAUGAAGGUAGAAAGUCUCUGGACGAGCUUGACGGCUGUGGCGUCCAGUCUCGUACUGGUGCAGUCGCGCUCUUCCCUACAAUUGCCGUUGCCAUUGACUGGGACUUGUACUCCGCGAUCUCCCCGGCACAGCGUUACUUCGUCCCACACCGACACUGGAUCCCCCGACGUCGCCCAUCCCAUCGUCACGCUGCGUGGUGGAGCCAAAGCCAAGGCUCCAACCAAGACUCUUCCCAAGUCCCCGCGCAAAGUGCACGGGGGCAAUGCACCCGUCGUAGCGGUCGGCAGUGGCACCGCCACCGUCGCGUCGGAAAUCUUCAAUCUCGUCAAGGCCAUUGUCGGAGUCGGAGUGUUGUCCCUGCCGGCGGGUAUUGCCGCCUUUGGGGACGCCCCGUCGGCACUCGUGCCGGCUCUGGCUCUCAUUGCGAUCAUUGGAGUCCUCAGUGGGUACGGCUUUGCCAUUAUUGGGAGAGUCUGUGCCUACACGGGAGCUACUUCCUACCGCGACGCUUGGAGCCGGUCCGUUGGGGAGGGUACCUCCUGGAUUCCCGCCUGGAGUACCACCCUCAAGACUUUUUUAGCCUGUCUCGCCUUCUCCAUGGUCCUGGCCGAUACCUUCUCGUCGCUGUUGGGCCAGUCGGCCGAUCAACGCACACAAGUGCUGCUCGCCGUCACGGCUAUCAUUCUCUUGCCGCUCUGUUGGAUGAAGAAUCUGGCCUCGUUGGCUCCGUUUUCUCUCCUAGGCGUCAUGGGUAUGGCCUACACGGCCUUCGCCAUGACGGUGCGCUACCUCGACGGCUCCUACUCAACGGGCGGAACUGGCGUUUUGGUCGAAAGUGUCGCUGCGGCGUUGCGUCCCAAGUUCGGGAACGCGGGAUGGGAGUCGGUCGCGAGUCCGUCCUCUCUCAUUCUGGUCUGCAUGCUGAGUACGGCUUACAUGGCCCACUUUAACGCUCCCAAGUUCUAUCUCGAGCUCCAGAACAAUACAUUGCCCCGCUACCAUCGCGUCGUUGGGACUUCCUUCGGGAUAUCUAUUCUCCUCAUGGGUUUCAUCACGGCGAUUGGUUUCCUCACCUUUGGUGCCAACGCGUCGGGUCUCGUCUUGAACAAUUACGCUUCCAAGGAUUCCUGGAUGAGCAUGAGCCGUGUGGCCGUGGCCGUCUCGCUCGUCUUUUCCUAUCCUCUCGCCUUUCAGGGAUGCCGCGACGGCGUUCUCGAUUUACUCAACGUCUCGUCCGAAUCGCGCAAGAACAGUUUGCUCAAUUUUACCACCAUCCUCCUACUAGCCGUCCUGACCACGCUCGCGGCCGCGCUCAGGGACGUGAGCUUUGUUCUGGCCUUUGGUGGCGCCACACUCGGCAACUUACUCACCUACGUCUAUCCCGCCAUCAUGUACAAGGCCGUCGUCGAUAAACAGGGGCGGAAAGAACGACUGGGUGUCACGAUUUCGUCCCUUUCGGCUGUCCUGGGACUCGUCAUGGGAGCUGUCGGAGCCAAGUUGGCCUUGGAUAAAUUGUAA